AGGAUCACUUCACAAUCCAUCCUGCGCAUAGCCUUGAGAGAUAAGACCACCUUCUCUCUCUCUCUCUCUCUCUCUCUCUCACAUCUUGUUCAUGACAUCAAUGGUUGAAGAAAACCAGAGCUUUGGCGAUCUGGGUUUGAAGUUUCUUGAUGAUCGUCCGAGGGAAGAGGAGUGGACGAUCAUGGACGGUGGUGGUGGUAAUGUCUGUGAUGAUUCGGAAUCGGUAGGGACGUCGUCUGUGGAAGAUCGAGGCUCGAGAGACUCUCGGGAAUGGCCGUCGUGUUCGUCCGAUCUCCUAGAGGACGCUUCUUCUUCUCCCUCGCCUCCUCUUCCGAAAUGGUGGAGGUCCUCAUCGUCCUCCUCGUCUCUCGCGGGCAAACACGGACCUUUGUACGAGUUAUCGGACCUCAUGGCUCACCUUCCUAUUAAGAGGGGGCUCUCGAGGUGUUACGAUGGGAAAUCGCAGUCAUUCACGUCGCUGGCGAGCGUGAAGAGCGUGGAGGAUCUGGUGAAGAAGGAGAGGCCCUACGCAAAGAGAUUGAAGCUGUGCAAAAGCUAUGGAGGAGGCUUGGACAGUCCCAGCAAAUCGAUUAGUCCCAAGGCGAUCAUAUCGAAGAAGGGUUCGUCAUCAAGAUCUGCUUUUUCAUCUUCUUCUUCAUCAUCAUCUUCUUCUUCUUCGCAUCUAGGCAAGAGGUGUACUUCGCUCGGCAAUAGACCGCCCAUUCGGGUACUCAAGACGUUUUGAGUUUUGAUCGAUGUGCAUAUACUCUCUUUAGUCUUGAAUACAUCUUUCAAUCC